GGGCGGCGGUGGCACAUGGGCAAGAAGCGGAGUGAUGGCCUCGGGCGCUCCCUGCAGCGGCAGCGCGGGCUGGAGCGCCGCGGCGCCUCCUCAUGGCUUCACGCCAGCGAGGUGGUCGCCGAGCGCGGCCCGGAGCUGCGGUCGGCGCCCGAGCAGAACCCGCUGGAGGAGUUCCUGGCCACGGCCGAGCUGGCCGGCACCCGCUUCGUGGCCGAGCGUCUGAAUGCUCAGAUCGUGUCUGCCCAGAGCUGCACGGGCCUGCUCACAGCACAGGAGGCCCAACGUGUUCGGCAGCUGCAGCAGGAGAAUCAGGAGUUCCUGCGCAUCCCACGGAGGCCACACUGGGAUAGGACAACCAGUGCAGAGGACUUGAAGCAAGCAGAGAGAGAGAGCUUUCUUGAGUGGAGGCGACAGCUUGCCCUCCUCGAGGAAGAGAAAAAGUUAAUUCUAACUCCAUUUGAAAGAAACUUGGAAUUUUGGCGUCAGCUUUGGAGAGUCAUUGAAAGAAGUGAUAUUGUAGUCCAGAUAGUAGAUGCCAGAAACCCCCUUCUGUUUAGAUGUCAAGACCUGGAAAGUUACGUUAAGGAAGUCAGCAAUGACAAGGAGAACAUGAUCUUGAUCAACAAAUCCGAUUUGCUGAGUGAGGAGCAACGUGCUGCUUGGGCACAGUUCUUUGAGAAUGAGGGUGUCAAGGUGGUGUUCUGGUCAGCUUUGGCAGAGUGUGAACGGCUGGGCGGAGAAGCAAAGGAACUGGGCUCUGAGGGGGGAGCGGAGCACCUAAGUGGUUCUGAGGAUGAAGGCUCCAGUCAGGAAGACGACAGCACAGCACAAGGAAGUGCAGAAGGAGCAUCCACAGGCAGCAUUUGGCAAAGUGCAAACCAGGUCCUGGAGAGUGAUGAUAACAGCAGUGAUGAAUAUGAAGACUGUGAAGAUGAUGAAGAGGAGGACUGGCAAACCUGUUCUGAAGAUGAAGCUGGUGACAACAUAAAUGCUCUUGGUCCAGAGAGGAUGGAAAGCAGGACUGAUGGUGCUGCAGUGCAGGAACAGAACAGGAACGUCAGGAACUUCAGCCAUCUGGUGCAGAGAAAUGAGCUGCUGGAGAUAUUCAAAACUAUGCACAAUGGACCAAGGGUGAAGGAUGGAGAAGUAAAUGUUGGGCUGGUGGGUUACCCUAAUGUUGGCAAAAGUUCAACCAUCAACACAAUCCUUGGAAAUAAGAAGGUGUCUGUGUCUGCUACACCAGGCCGUACAAAACACUUCCAGACCCUGUAUGUGGAGCCUGGCCUGUGCCUUUGUGAUUGCCCCGGUCUGGUGAUGCCAUCUUUCGUCUCUACCAAGGCAGAAAUGAUUUGUUCUGGAAUUCUGCCUAUAGAUCAGAUGAGGGACCAUGUUCCACCUGUUUCUCUAGUUUGCCAGCAUAUCCCACGCAACAUUUUGGAAGCAACCUAUGGAAUAAAUAUCAUAAGGCCGAGGGAAGAUGAGGACCCAGAUCGAAAGCCAACAGCUGAAGAGCUGCUAACAGCAUAUGGAUAUAUGAGAGGCUUUAUGACAUCUCAUGGACAGCCAGACCAGCCGAGAUCAGCUCGAUAUGUGUUAAAAGAUUAUGUCAAUGGGAAGCUGUUAUAUUGCCACCCACCUCCUGGUAUUGACCCAAAUGAUUUUCAGCACCAACAUCAAAGGUGCCCUGACAGUACAGCUGUGCUGGCCACUGGACAGGUGAAGCCUGAGAAAAAUACCAAAGCAAAACAAAUUGAAAAUGUGGUGGACAAAAAUUUUUUCCAUCAGGAGAACGUUCGUGCCCUGAUGAAAGGGGUCCGGGCUGCCAUGGGCUACCGGCCUGGGAGCGGCCUCGUGCCUGCGGCUGCACCCAACCCUGCCAACGUGGUAGGAAAGCCCUGGAAAAAACACGGAAACAGGAACAAGAAGGAGAAAAUCCGCAGGAUCACGAAGCAUCUGGAGGCCUAGCUGUGGCAACAGUAUCUUGCCUUUUCAGGGCAGGGACUGCACUCACAGGCCUUAAUUGAGGGGGAGAAACAGAUAAGUGGGCAUCACUAGCUCACCUGGGAGCUCUCUGCAGUGGAUUGGCCUGGCAGGGGAUGAGAGUGAGCUCUGGUGGCUUCAGUUCAUCCCUUCUGAGAACAAAAGAGACCUGGCUGUUGGUGUUAUCUGGAAGCCAGCCCAGACAUUUGACUGCUGAUGAAACAUCCUUUCAAUGGGAGCAGAUGGAGCUGUGCAGGAAUGUUUUUUCCUUCCAUAAAGGAUGUAUUUUAUAGCUGUUGGAAUCAAAGCAAGCCCUGGUAAAACUGAGUAAAAUCUUUAAACAGUUCA